AUGAGAGACCCAUAUCCAACAUACACAUUUUCCUCUGUGCAGGAAGAAUGGGAUGAAUGUGCCAUAAGGGAAACAGAAGAGGAGACUGGUGUCAAACUGAAAAAUAUGAAAUCUGUAACAGUAAUGAACUGUAUCAUACCAGAGGAAAACUAUCAUUAUAUAGAAAUAUUUAUGCAGGGAGAAGUGGAUACAACUAUUUUACGCGAACCAAAAAAUAUGGAGCCUGAAAAAUGUGAAGGUUGGGAAUGGUUGUAUUGGGAUGAUAAGAUACCUCUAGAUCGAUUAUUCAGACCACUUCAGAUGUUUAUACAAAAUGGCUACAAUCCAUUCAAGACUGAACAACAUUAAAUAUGUAGUAACAUUGCCAUUAUGAGGGUCUGGUUGGGGUAUACAGAUAGAGAAUAACGUUAAAAAGUUUUCAUUAUAAAGGGCAAAAAUAUAAUGAAAAGAAAUAGGCAAAAAAUACAGAAUAAAGAAAAAUGGCCAAAAAAAAUUUGAGGAAUACAGAAACGAAGGACGCCCAUCCAGACCCUAAUUUAUGGGAAUAUGGAAUAAUUGCCUUAUGAGAAGCUUGUUUGAUCUCAAGGCAUUCUAUAUAAAAAAAACAGAUGCUACUAUUAUUUGGAGAAAUACAUGGACUUCAUCAUACAAACUGUGAUAAACUUAUAAACAUUUAUACUAGCAUUUGUUUAUUAUAUAUACUAUUGUUUUUAAAGAUAUUUUCUACAUCUAUACCUUUCAUACUGUUUAGUUUUAUUGCUUAAGGAAAACAUUUCUACAAGUAAAUGGCAUAUUUAUCACACA